UUGCACGGCGGCGGGCGGAGAGUCUUUCUGCCUGAGGCGCGUCUGGGAAAAAUCGGCCCGCGGCGCUCGUGCAGGUGAGGCGAAAGAAGGUGGCUGCGGCGCGUUCUAGGCUGCUUUGGAGUAAGAGGCCCGCGGGAGUUUGCCGGUGCUGGUGCCGGUGCGGGUCCGUGACCGGCCGGCAGCGCAGCCCGAGCGAAGCAGAAGAUGAUCACUGCUUUAUGGCUCAUUGGGUGGAUCUCUCUUGUUGAUUCUUCCUUCAGGUUCUGUUUAAACCUUGACACCUUUGUGCCUGUAGGAGAGCCUAGGGCUAUUUGUUGUCCACGAAGAACAUUAUUCUCUGUACAAUCUAACCACAGUGUGACUUGGUACAGAAGUGGUAGUGAUAUACCCAUAACUACAGAUAGCAACUUCAGGAUCCAUCAACGAGAAGACUUGCUUUGGUUUAAUCCCACAACCAUAGAAGAUUCGGGACUCUACCAAUGUGUUGUUAAUUCAACAAGAGCUGAAAGGAAAAUAACAGUUUUCAACAACAGUGAGGAUUUAUGUUUUAAUGAAAACAUGACUUAUACACAAAAACUGCUAUUGAGUAAUUCUGGAAGUUUGACUUGUCCUGACCUCAGUUAUUUUAAAAAUGAAAGUACUCCACUUGUUGUACAGUGGUACAAGGCAUGCAGUCCUGGAUUAUUUAAAGAUGGGAGAUUUAAGACUUUUAAAGAAGGUCUCCUAAUUAAUGAUCCAACUGAAAACGAUAAAGGAAUUUAUAUUUGCCAGGCUACAUUUACCUAUAUGGGAAAACCAUAUAAUGUUUCGCGGGCUAUUAAUCUAAUUAUUCUUGUUCCUCCACCGGAAGUACGUAUACAGAUUAUAUACCCCAGAAAUAAUUCAAUUAAAGUAGAACCUGGAUCCAGUGUUGUUAUGGACUGUAAUGCCUCAGCAGGUGGCAAUAAGGUUUUUCUAUCCUGGGAGUUCGGUGGUGAAUAUUCUGAGACUUAUAAAGAUAUGCAAAGUAAAUAUAUGAGAAUAUUAUCUUCUGGAAAUCUAACAUGGGGAGUAAAGUUUAAUAUUUCUGAAGUGAAAAAUGAAAACUAUGGAAAAUAUAUGUGUGCUGCAUGGUCUUUUUCUUCGGGCAACAGUGCAGCGUACAUCAUAUUAGAACGCCCAGUUCGAAAUAUUCAAGCUUAUUUGAUUGGAGGACUUGUUUCACCACUGUUUAUUAUACUGACAGCUCUGGUCACCUAUAGAUUUUUCAGAAUUGACAUUGUGCUUUGGUAUCGGGCAUCCUGCCAACCUCUUCUCAGUAAAGGCGUUUCAGAUGGAAAACUCUACGAUGCAUUUGUGUUCUAUCCCCAACAUAAGGAAAACUGUGCAUAUUCAUCGGAUAUCUUUGUCCUGAAAGUACUGCCUGAAGUCUUAGAAAAACAGUGUGGCUAUAAACUCUUUAUAUUUGGAAGGGAUGAUUUACCAGGGCAAGCGGUGGUCACUGUUGUUGAUGAAACUAUCAAACAAAGCAGAAGAGUGAUUAUUCUAUUAGUACCAGAUUCAUCCUGCCACAGCUUGCAGACUCUAACCUCUGAACAUCAUAUUGCACUGUACAAUGCUCUUAUUCGGGAUGGAAUUAAAGUUAUACUGAUUGAGCUGGAUAAAAUAAAAGACUAUAGAAACAUGCCAGAGUCGAUAAAAUAUCUUCAACAAAAACAUGGAAUACUUACAUGGAGAGGAGACUUUUCAGAGAAAUCUCUAAUGGCAACUACAAAGUUUUGGAAGAAUGUGAGGUACCAGAUGCCAGCCAGCCAAUAUCCACCUUCUUUAGACUUCCCUUUGUUGCCAGUAACUUUUAGCUCUUCUCAGAUAUCGGAAGGAUGAUUACAAGACCACAUGAGAACUGUUUGCUUGAACCUAUUCCAAUGGAUGGGUUGGUUUCUGUACCAGCCAGGGAGUGUUCAAUGUUGGCACCUCCAGUAGCAUAAUUUGGAUACAUGGGAAGUUCCUGCUCCAAAAGAAAUGUGUUCAGCCAUGGAGCUUGAAGUUUUGUUGUUGGAUCAGUGACCUACUUGGGCAAAACAAUGUAAAUGCUUGAGCAGAAAGAGUGAAAAAUUAUUUUAAUAUACUCCAAUUUUGCAGAUGAAAGAAGUGAAUAUGAAGGACAUUGUGUUUCCCUUUGCAUGCAGACUUAAUAUGUAGUGAGGUUUUAAUCUGAAACCCAAGGGUUUGAAAGAAAUGGUUACUAGUCAUGACCCUUCACAGCCCCCUCACAUUUAAGUGCCAAGCAGGGGGCACCCAUGUUAUCUUUGCACAGGCCCUAUGGCUUUGUGUAGGUGAUAGGCCAGUAGUGGGGUGUGUGUGUUCCUGCCACCCUCCUCUCUAGCCAUAGCAUUUUAAAGGGGCAGGUAUGAGGAUUCGCACCUUCAAAAGGAUGCCUCAGGGCACUUGAAAAAUUCAUGCUUUCAGUCUACCCAAAACACCUGCACUGUACCUGCUUGCUAACAGCCCUAGCACUAAACUGCCCUAAAUGAGCCAGCGUGGCAUAGAUGACACCCCAUCUGCCAAAGGCCAGUCUAAGCCAUAAGGUUAAAAUAUUCCUAUACAGUCCUGUUAACCAGAGAGCUUCAGCUAUUGGGUGGUAUAGAAAUGUAAUAAAUAAAGAAACCAGCAACCAGUUUUGCCCACACUGAAUCCAGGGUGCAGCAAGACUUUGCUCGCCACCCUCUUCUUCUUCCUUUUUGCAUGUCCCUUCUCUUUCCCCUUCCUGGGCUGGGUGGAAAAGUGCCACCUUGCUACUGUUAGAGUGGGGUUGUGGGGAAAGUGAUGAGCUUCCAUAUACUAUGCAUAUUACUGCAGUAUCUCCCAAGGAGAAAAACUGAAAGAGCAUUUAAAUAGACUUAUCAUACUUGAGAGCAAAUGCAAAACCAAGAAUGUGAACUCUCUGAUUUGAUUCACAAUUUUAUUAAGUGAUAAUGCUGACAAAAAUCAUGAGAAUGACUUUGAGUGAAGAAUUUUUUUUUUACACUUCAAAAAUGUAUCUUUGCAUAAUGUGCCAAAUCUGUUAAACAUUUGGUAACUCAUGAGCACUUCAGCUAUAUAUAAAUGAUAUAAAUUGUUUCAUUUUUAAAGUUUAAAAAGAUUUGACUCUUAAGAUUUGAAAUUUAUUUUUUUUCCAAAUGUGAAGGGACAGAAAACCUAGAGGAUAACACAUCAUCUUUGUUUAUUUUUGUAACUACCGAAUUAUUCCUAUAGAUUAUAAUUGUAAAAUUAUGUAACAAUUCCUAUAAUUUUCAAAAGAAACUUAUUCCUAUGAAUUCAUCUUAGCUGCCUUCAUUCUGGAAUGUAGAACGUGUUGCAACACCCAUAUCUGAACCAUUGCUAAUGGGGAGGGAAAUCUGAGAUGCUGUGCUGGAUUGAAUAGAUGAGAUAAUAUUUUGGAGCCAUUCCCUCAAGGGUUCUGAAAUGAACAAUUGCUAAUCUUGAGUUGAAUUGAGGUUUAGUCAUACUUAGAGUAGACCCAUUGAAAUAUUUAGGAAUUAAGCUAGUCAUGACUAACUUUAGGCUGAUUGUUUUCAAUGGGUCUAUAGCUAAAUAUGGUUCCAACCGCUUAACAAAAAUAUGUAACUGGUUACUAAAUUGUACCUCCUUAUGGAGGAAUGGAAGGUAGUUAAUGUAACAUAAAUGUUAAGAGAAAUCUAAGGGAGUAAUAAAUGAGGGCUGUUGAGCUAUGGUUCAUAAUAUUCACAGCCGGCAGUUCACUUUGUUGGAGAAAUAAUCAAGGCAGGCAAGUUAAAGAGUUGUCAAAAUAAGACAGAUUUUCAGAAAUUUGUUUUCUAUUCAUAUUGUUUGUACACAAAGACUUUUCUGUGGUGAGAUUGCCAAUGUGACACCUUUCAUUUGCCCAUAAAAAUAAAUGCUAAAAAUUAGAAAAAGCAAUAUUGGAAUAAGUAACAAACCAAUGCAAUAUCAAAAAAUAAUGUAAUACAGCCUGAUGAAUUACAUACUAAGAAAAGCCAGGUGUAAAACAUAGGCACAAUGCCCUCCCCCCAAACAAACACACAACCAUUUGUGGAAAUGAAUAUAAACACUGCUAAACAACAAAUGUGGAUGUUUUUAAACAAGGAUAGACUUACAGGAAUCCAGUUUCCAUCCUAUUUCAGCAUAAACAGCUUCUUCAGAAAAUCAGUACUUCAUGUGUACAGAUUCAUUCAUGCCACUAAUAAACAUACACCAUGGGAAUAAAGAUAAGACAAACAUUUAGGAAAUCUCCCUAAACUGAAACAUCUUAUUAGUUCUCCCUGAAGGAAGACUUAAUCAGCAAGCUUCAAUGGUAAUAAGUUCAGCAGACAGGUGUGUUUAUCCUCUUUUCUGUUAUGUAUUACAAUAUUGCUUUUUCCAAAUUUUGUGCAGUUUUAUACUUUUCAGCCCAUAUUCAAUUGGUUUUCACCUUUCAUCUGAGACAUGACUUUACUUGAAAACAGCAUGAAAAUUGUUAUAAACUAAUUUGUAAAUUAUGUG